AUGAGUGCCGCUGCGCCCAGUGAGGUAUAUCCGGAGUAUGUCUCCAUGCCCUCAACGAUACCACCUAUCCCUGCGACGCCGCUUACGCAAUUGGCGCAAGGGUUGAUUGGCACUGUCAUGGCCCUAUUGCGUAUCGUCCGUUGGUUCCUGCAUUUCUUUUCCAUCACAGUGCCCAGCUCCAUAUACCGCGUCGUUCACUACAGUAUGACAGUUCAAGUGACUUUCUCGGUCCUAGCACUCUGGUGUGUCGGUGCAGCUACCGUAGUGGUGCUAUGGCUGCGAUACUGGUACUGGAACCGGUACGAAUCUUUCCGCGAGGAGCCUCUUCGUAAGGAGCCAGCCACUGAUUUGCCGUCGGACGUCAAGCCAGCACCGCUCGAAGAGGAUCGUGGGUCGUUCCAUUCCUAUUUAGAUGAGUUUCUGAAUGCGAUCCGUAUCUUUGGUUUCCUGGAAAGACCUGUCUUCCAUGAAUUGACGCGUCAUUUGCAGACACGCCGUAUGCUGGAAGGAGAUACCCUUUCAAUGGACAUGGAAACGUCCUUCUUUACUGUGAUUGAUGGUCAUGUCCAAGUCUUUGCGCCUGCACCAUUCACAGCAUCCACGGGUUUGCCAGAUGCGCAGCCCGACCUGCAGCUUAUCAACGACGUAAAGAGCGGCGGCACACUCAGCUCUCUCUUCACUAUUUUACGCCUCUUCACAGAACAAGUGCAGUUAGGCUUCACCAGCGAAGAUGCAGACGUGCCUCCGCUGCGCACCGAAGCGACCAGUGCGCCCCCGUCCAUGCCAGGCUCUCCUCCUUCGUCCACAGCCAGUGACGCUAUGAGCAGUACCCCAUCACUACAAACGCCCUCCUCUAUCCUGCGUCAGCACCAUGCGUCCAACUUUGCCUCGUACCUUCGGUCCUUGCCGACGAGCGAUAUGCCGAAUCAAACAGGCACGAUCGCUCGGGCAAUGAGCGAUACGACGCUGGCUGUGAUUCCCGCCGAUGCUUUUCGUCGCUUGACGGUCAAAUACCCUAGUGCUGCGUCGUACAUUGUCCAAGUGAUUCUCACACGCCUGGCGCGUGUUACGUUUCACAUGGCACACUCGUACUUGGGCCUUACUCGCGAAGUGAUGAAAACGGAGCAUGCUAUCAACGAUCAUGCAAAGGUGUUCUUGCCUGAGUCAUACUACCAGCCUGCUGCUCUUGAUGAACUGUGGCGCAGGUACAACCCCACGUCAGCACGACCCAGUGUCGCAGACCUCAGUCGCGAGAACCUGCCGUCACGGCCGUGUACACAGGGUUCUACCGUUGAUAUGUCUGUGCCUGAAGAGGCUCAUACAUCUGUGCAGCCAGGCGAUUUGCACAGUAUGGUAGGCACCGAUCUGGAAGAAUCGUCCCUCUUUCUUGACCUGGCCUCGCAUACACCACGGCGGCAUGUAUCAGGCGACUUGCUCACGUCCAACUCGCGCUUAGAGACACUUCAGUUUGGCAAAGAAGUCAUGAAAUGCAUCGUGGAUAGUAUUGGUCUUUCUCAAGCUAUUAUCCCAGAGCUUCCGUCUACACUGGAAAGCCCGUUUUUAACGUCUCAGCGGAAUGGCUUGGCCAGUGUAUGCUCCAACUUCUCCAGUCUGGACACAUCGUCGUCGACCUUACCAGACGUCCAAGAGUCCACCACGGAAACUACGACCACCGACCUGGAAGAUGGCACAAUCGAGAUCCGCUUCUUCAAGGCGGGGAGUGUACUGGUCAAGGCUGGACAGCCAGGUGUUGGCCUCUUUUACGUAAUUGACGGCACUCUGGAUAUGCAUUUGCCUGACCGUGGCCCUGACUCGUACCUGUUUAGUGCCGAACGUGGUGGCAUUGCCGGCUACUUGUCCAGUCUGCUUGGCGUACCAAGCUACGUCGACAUUGUCGCGAAAAAAGAUACCUAUGUGGGUCUCUUGCCUAUUCAGGUUCUUGAGCGGCUGGUGGAAAAACGUCCCAAUGUACUUUUGACGCUGUCCAAGCGUUUACUGAGCUUGCUACCGCCUCUUAUCCAGCAUAUUGAUGCAGCCUUGGACUGGGUGCAUGUGGGUGCCGGCCAAAUUCUGUUCCGCGAAGGCGAUGAGGGUGACAGUUUGUAUAUGGUCAUCAACGGGCGCCUUCGUGCGAUACGGAAGGAGGAAGGCGGUGCGAUGGAGGUGCUGGGCGAGUACAGUCAGGGAGAUAGUGUAGGAGAAUUGGAGGUGAUUACCAGCAGUGCACGCUCCAUUACCCUACACUCGAUCCGCGACUCAGAGCUGGUUCGUAUGCCGACAACGCUUUUCAAUGCGAUCGCCUUGUGGCAUCCGCCUAUUACCAUCCAAAUUUCCCGUAUUAUUGCCCAAAGAAUGAGUGCAGAAAUUGUGGAACGUGAACGAGCCAAGCGAAUGGCCUUGCCGCCGCAUUUGGCUGCGACGAUUGGGCGUGGUCAAAACACGUACAAUUUCAAGACAGUAGCGAUUUUGCCGGCCUCCAAUGAAGUGCCCGUGGCUGAAUUUGCGAGCGAACUGCAAGAGGCCUUUGCCGCUACCAUCUCUGCGCCGGUCGCCUUCCUCAAUCAGAGCAGUGUGAUUCGUGCGCUGGGCCGGCAUGCAUUUACGCGGAUGGGCAAAUUGAAGUUGGCGGGAUGGCUAGCAGACAAGGAGCAAAACUACCGUCUCGUGUUGUACGUUGUCGAUACCUCGCCUUCCAUGUCCUGGGCCACCACGGCGAUUCGACAGGCCGACUGCGUUUUGCUCGUCGGCCUAGGUGACGAUCCACAUGUGGGUGAGAUGGAACGUACACUGCUCAGCAUCAAGACGACGGCCCGCAAAGAACUGGUGCUUCUUCAUCCCGAACGUAGUGUGCGGUCAGGCACCACGCGUGAAUGGCUGAAGCCACGCCCCUGGGUCACGGCUCAUCACCAUAUCGAAAUGGGAAGCCUACCGAGAUCGCGUACGCGCCAUGUGCGUGGAUCUGCACCUGUAUUAGCUUUGCGCUUGCUCAAGCAUCGUUUGAAGCGUCGGAUGCAGCAUGAACAACACAGUGCUGUACCUAUAGCGCGGCCUGCGCACCUCUCCGACUUUGCCCGCCUCGCACGUCGCCUGUGUGGUGUGUCCAUUGGCCUGGUGCUUGGUGGUGGUGGUGCACGUGGCUGUGCGCAUAUUGGUGUGCUGCGUGCGUUGGAAGAGCUGGACAUCCCGAUUGAUCUCGUGGGUGGUACGUCGAUUGGCUCGUUUGUGGGUGGUUUGUAUGCACGCGAAGGCAUGUCCGUGUCUAGUCACGGACGUGCCAAGCGGUUCGCCGGGCGUAUGGCGUCCUUGUGGCGCUUCGUCACGGACUUGACGUACCCGCUUGUGUCGUAUACGACUGGCCAUGAAUUCAAUCGUGGUAUUUUCAAGUGCUUUGCGGAUACGCACAUUGAGGAUAUGUGGCUGCCGUACUUUACCAAUACGACGAACAUUACGUGGAGUCGAAUGGAAGUACAUACAAGUGGGUAUGCCUGGCGGUACAUUCGCGCUAGUAUGACGCUCGCAGGCUUGGUCCCACCCAUGAUUGACGAUGGCAAUAUGCUCGUCGAUGGCGGCUACACCGACAACUUGCCCGUCUCGAUCAUGCAUGCGCUGGGUGCGCGCACGGUCAUUGCGAUCGACGUGAGCAGCGUGGAUGACACAUCACCGCAGUACUAUGGCGAUACGCUAUCGGGUUGGUGGGUCCUUUUGAAUCGCCUGAAUCCAUGGAGCAGCAUGCGCACGAUUCCCAAUAUACCCGACAUUCAAUCGCGCCUGAUGUACACCACGUCCGUCAAGAUGCUGGAGGAUGCGAAGGCCGACAAUGCAUGUCUGUACCUACGCAUGCCUGUCGAAAGCUAUGGCACGCUCGAUUUUAGAAAGUACAUGGAGAUCCUCUCUGUGGGCUACGACAAGUCCAUUGAAGCGCUUACAAAGUGGCAGGACGACGGCAAAUUACCGGCCUACUACGGCAUGAAGCCCAUGAAAAAGACAGAAAAGACCAAACGUGCGCGUAGAAAUAGUUUGUAG